UGCCGGUGACCCCUGGAGCAGACACUUACAAAGAGAGAGAGAGAGAGAGAGAGAGAGAGAGAGAGAGAUUAAACAUUUAGAUGAACGGACAAAGAUUUUAAAGCAGAGUUUAGGACAGAGCUUGUUUUUCUAACUUCUGUAACUUCACCUUGUUGUUGUUGUUGUUUUUAAAGUGUAACAUGAUGGCACUUCAUCUUGAAAGUGUAUUAUGAAGAAGCCCCGACGACUUUUUCUGUGUGUUUGGAACUUUUUCACCGAUGGAGACUGUCGGAAAAUUCGAGUUCAACAGGAAAGACUUGAUAGGACACGGUGCGUUCGCGGUGGUGUUCAAAGGGAGACACAAAGAGAGACAUGAGUUUGAAGUCGCAGUGAAGUGCAUAAAUAAGAAGAAUCUGGCCAAGUCGCAGUCGCUCCUGGGGAAAGAGAUCAAAAUAUUAAAGGAGCUGAAACAUGAAAACAUUGUCGGUCUACUGGAUUUUCAGGAAAUCUCAGGUUGUGUCUACCUCGUCAUGGAGUACUGCAACGGCGGAGAUCUGGCGGAGUAUCUGCACGCCAAAGGCUCUCUGAGCGAGGACACCAUCCGGAGCUUCCUGCAGCAGAUAGCCGGUGCUAUGAGCGUCCUGCGGAGUAAAGGCAUCAUCCACAGGGACCUGAAGCCGCAGAACAUCCUCCUGUCCUACAGCAUGGGGCGCAGAGUCAACAACAACAACAACAUCUGCAUCAAACUGGCUGACUUUGGCUUCGCACGGUACCUUCAGGGAAACACGAUGGCUGCUACACUCUGUGGUUCUCCCAUGUACAUGGCUCCUGAGGUCAUCAUGUCACAGAAUUAUGAUGCCAAAGCUGACCUGUGGAGCGUGGGCACCAUCGUUUUCCAGUGUCUGACCGGCAAAGCUCCAUUCCAGGCCAGUAGUCCUCAGGAGCUGCGUCUUUUCUACGAAAGGAACCGGAAACUCAAUCCAAACAUCCCACGGGAAACCUCCGGUCACCUGAGGCACCUGCUGCUGGGUCUGCUACAGAGGAACCACAGGGACCGCAUGGACUUCGAUGAGUUUUUUCAUCAUCCUUUUCUGGAAGCCAGCACUGUCCUGAGAAAAUCCUCUCCAGUGCCCAUGCCAUCAUACCCCAGCUCAGGAUCAGGAAGCUCCAGCAGUGGCUCAUCAACCUCCAACCUCACCCCCACAGAGUCAGACACCGAAACCCAAAGGCCACACCCACUACACAAAGCCACACCCCCUUCCUGCUCCCAGCUGAAGUAUUCAUCUUCCUCAGAGUCAGAGGACUUCGUCAUGGUGCUAGCACAAUCCCCCAAUGAAAUGGGAGAUCAGGACAAUCAGGAAAUGGGUAUACAGAGUGGGUGUUCUAUGCUAAGUCCAGGAACCUUUGUGGGUGGAACAUCUCCACCAUCUCCCUCUCUCCGGAUAACCCCAAGCCCUACCAGACCUGUGGAGUGCUGCGGCAGUAGUUACAACCAGUCCGUGCCUGUUCCCGUUCCUACACAAAUCCACAACUACCAAAGGAUGGAGCAGAACCUGCAGGGAGCCUCGAGGACUGCAGUACCCACAAGUCAUUGCUGCAUGGCUGGCUUCCCCAGAAGUUCUGUAAGUCCAUCUCAUCACAGACUGUCUACAGGGGGGUCCAGACCUCGCCAGCCUUCUCCCAAAGUGGGAGCGAUACCCGAGACCCCUGACCAAGCAGAGCCACAGUGCAGCCGGACGGGACUGCAGGACAUGCACGUCCGUCCACAGAGUCAGGUCUUCCCUCUUUUCACUGAUGUUGGUGCCAUGGAUACGACUUUAACACCUAGAAACGGGAUCCACGGGCGCAGUCCAGAUGCGAUAGUACACAGGUGGGAACUGGACAGACGAAGAAGCCUCCCCAGCGCUCUGAGCCGCACCAGGACCAUGUCUGACCUCCAGGAACCCUUCGUGAUCCCCACCAACACAGCACAGAGGAGGAGAGGCUCUGUGAAAAGGUCCAGCAGCGCGGGCCGGUUGUCCGAUAUGCUGCUGAAGGCUGUGUUUGGAUCUCAGCUGGACAGGGGCAGCUGUGAGGGGCUGAAUACAGAGAGACCCAUGGACACCGCAGCGCCCCCUGGUGGAGAGAAAGGCUCUCGAAGUCCCGGUCAUGCCCUGUUCACUGUAGGCACCCCUCCUGAAGGACAUGCUCCUCCUUCAACCGCCAGAUACAGAACCAUCUCAGGCAGUCCUGACAGUCCAGGCUGGACAUGUAAUCACUUCCCCAAGCCCUACAAUUCACCGGAAGGAUACUGCUGUGCUUUCACAGACAUCACAGCCUCCGAGCUGCACAGGGACCCAGCCUUCGUGCCUCCAGAGCUCCCGGCAGAGACGCUGAUGGAGGAGGCACACACGGACAUGCUCACCAAGCUGCGCUUCACUCUGGCCUUCACACACUGUGUGACCGACAUGGCCACAGCGAAGGAUGUUGGGAUCGAGAGGAACGAGGCAACUGACGCAUCCUUCCUGGAGCAGAGUCAGGUGGCUGACCAGAUAAGCCAGCUGAGCCGAGAGUGGAGCUGUGCAGAGCAGUUGGUGCUGUAUAUGAAGUGUGCUGAGCUCUUAUCCACUGCCUUAUACACAGCGAAGGAGGCGAUCAAACAGGGCAAACUCUAUCCAUCUGCAUCUGUUAAACAGGUGGUGCGUAAGCUGAAUGAGCUGUAUAAGGAGUGUGUGAUGUCGUCUCGCUCCCUCACUCCGAGGCUUCAGCUCUUCUUCAGCACCAAGCAGAGGCUGAUGGACCGAAUGAACAACAUCACUGCCGAGAAAAUCAUCUACUCUCACACCGUACAGAUGGUGCAGGCUGCAGCUCUGGAUGAGAUGUUCCACCACGGUGAGGCGUCGGUCCAGCGCUACCACAAAGCCUUGCUGCUGAUGGAAGGCCUGUCUCUAAUCAUUACAGAGAGAUCCGACCUCAACAACAUUAACAAAUGUAAGCAGUGUAUCGAGCGACGUCUCUCCUCCCUGCAGCCGGGACUGUGUGUGUGAUCGGAUGCCACAAAGGCUUCGUGAGCCCUCUGACCCUCUUACUUCCUCUGAUGCCACAUUGACCUUCAUCCCCCCUUUUACAUUCACACUAAUGAUCUCAUCAUCAGCUUAUGACAACGUGCCUCAGUAUGCUGCUUGCUACAGUAUUAGGAGUAAGGAGUAAAAUAAUAAAGGGGUGUGCUCUUAGAGGAAAAUAAUCACUGUUACCCCAGAAGAAGCUGAUUGUUAUCCUUUAAUGGCGCAUCGUGAAGCGAUUUGUGCUUCAUACAUCGUUGCAUGCUUCCUCAGACUUUUUAUCCGUUUUAAUUACAUAUAAUGUUUUAUGCAAAACAAGUUCUGAUGUAUCAGUUACAAACAGCCAUCACUAUUGUAUACAUACAUACACUAUGUUGUCAAAAGUUUUGGGACACCCCUCCAAAUAAUUGUAUUCAGGUGUUGUUUUUCAGGGGUUGGGCUUGGCCCCUUAGUUCCAGUGAAAGGACCUCUUAAUGCUUCAGCUUCAUACCAAGACAUUUUGAACCCAUCUUUGUGGGAACAGUUUGGGGAUGACCCCUUCCUGUUCCAACAUGACUGUACACCAGUGCACAAAGCAAGGUCCACAAAGACAUGGAUGAGUGAGUUUGGUGUGGAGGAACUUCACAGAGUCCUGAUCUCAAACCCAUAGAACACCUUUGGGAUGAAUUAGAGCGGAGACUGUGAUCCAGACCUUCUGGUCCAACAUCAGUGCCUGACCUCACAAAUGCACCAUUAGAACACACUCCUAAACCUUGUGGAAAACCUACCCAGAAGAGCUGAAGCUGUUAUAGCUGCAAAGGGCAGGACAACUCCAUAUUACAUUCAUGUGCAUGUAAAGGCAGACGUCCCAAAACUUUUGUCAAUAUAGUGAGUGUAUAAGAGCUGAUUUAUUUAUUAUCGGCCUCAGUUUAUUUGCAGGGUUGUCAUUCAAAUCCCUGGUUGAGAUAUGUUGACAAGACAGUGUUGCUGUUGGAGAAAAUAACUUCUGAGGGCAUGAAGAAGAAGAACUGAGGGCAAGAAGCCUUUAUUAUCGCCACACAUACAUUACAGCAGAAUUCUUUUCUUCACAUAUCCCAGCUGAGGAAGUUGGGGUCAGAGGGCAGGGGCAGCUAUGAUACAGCUCCCCUGGAGCAGAGAGGAUUAAGGGCCUUGCUCAUUUGCCCAACAGUGGAGCUUGGUGGUGCUGGAGCUUGAACCCCGAUCCUCCAAUCAACAACCCAGAGCCUUAACCACUUGAACCACCACUGCCCUGACCAAUCAGAUCAGAGAAUUCAUCAGUGGCAUGGAUUAAGCCUUGAAACGUGUGAAUUAGUUCAAUCGGGUUUUUUUUUACCGAACACUGAUUAAUUCAGGAUCUGCUUCAGCAUUAGCGGCGACUAAGAUUAACUACGAUUAAAUGGCACUGAAUCUACUCCUCCAAUUCCAGAUCAUACUAGAGAGACGGUGUGUUUUUCUUUCUCUAACACCAAGCGUAAUCAACUCGGAUCUUUUUGGCUUUUCGUGCUCUGAAAGCGUGGCCUCGCCCGAGCGGAGAGCUGCGAGGCCUUCAGGAGGAAAAGCGUGAUCAGAGAAGGUUUUAGAGAUGGGUCAGAUGUUGGGUCAGUGUUAUAUAGAACAGGAUCGAAUUCAGGAGAUAGACCAAGCGAAAGCAUUUCUCUCUGACCCACGUGAUCUUUGAACUCUGAUACUAUACUUGAUCGUUUAUUGUGAGAACUGUACGUGUUUUGACAAAUCAGCUACUGUACCUUUUAUUAUUUACAACUGUCUUUACAAUCACAAGCACUUUAUGAAAGAGAACGCUACCUGAACAUGCCUAAAAGACUGUGGCGGAGCUGACCUUGCUCGCUUUAUAGCUUUCAUUUCAUUGAUUCUGUCGUUUGUAGCACCUUUAAAAAAAAUACAAUAAAAUAAAUAAAAAUAAAUAAAUAGAUAGAAUAAUUAAUAAAUAAAUAAAAUAAAAUAAACAGAUAAAUAAAUAAAUGCACACAACUCACAUGGAUCAAGUGUUCUAACUAUUGAAAAGUUUUUGAGAACUUUUGUUCUGUUUUUUAGACACGUGUUAAACUUUGGCCUUAUGUACGCACACUAAAUGCACACAAGCACCUGUUGUAUAUUUAUAUCAUGUUUAUGGAGUGUGAACGCUUGUAUUUCUUUUUUCUUUUCUUUUCUUUCUUUCUUUUUUUUUUCAAAAAAAGCCAAGGUUUGUAUUGUAAUGUUUGUAGUUUUGUGUGUUCCAAAAUAAAGUUUGGUCCCGUUUUUA